GCAUGCGCCGCCUGCUGCGCCUGGGUCGGUCGGGUCUAAUUUCUGGCCUGCCAAGCCCAGGCCCGUGUACCGCGUGUUUUGUUGAUGCCAGGCCCAAGCAUAAGGUUUUGGACCGCGUUGUUUGGUUGGGCUUGUUGGCUAACGUGGUGAUGGGCCGGGCCCCACCACUCGACGACACGACUGGGUUUUGGCCUUCCUUCUCCCUUCCCCGAGCAAGGCACGCACCAAACGAAACCAUGGCCGCCGCCGCCGCCCUCUGCCGGAGCCCCUCCUUGCUCUGCCGCCGCCACCUCCUCAUCCGCCUCCUCUCCACCCACACCCACACCCAGCUCCAGGCCCCCCCACCCACGCCCACCACCCCCGCCGACCUCUCCCGCCUCAAGUCCUCCAUCCGCGACGCCGCCACCACCCCCGACGCCCUCGCCGCCCUCUUCCUCUCGGCCCUCCCCCACCCCGCCUUCCUCGCCGACCGCCCCCUCUUCGCACUCUCCGUCCGCCGCCUCGCAUCCGCCGGCCGCCGCGACCUCGUCGCCUCCAUCCUCUCCUCCUCCCUCACCGCCCUCCCCAGCCCCCACCCCUCCGAGGGCUUCCUCAUCCGCCUCAUCGCCCUCUACUCCGCCGCCGCCAUGCCCGACCACUCCCUCACCGCCUUCCGCCUCGUCAAGCCCCCCUCCGACCGCGCCCUCUCCGCCCUCCUCUCCGCCUACCACGACAACCGCCUCUACGACCGCGUCGUCCAGGCCUUCAACACCCUCCCCGCCGAGCUCGGCAUCAAGCCGGGGCUCGUCUCCCACAACGUCCUCCUCAAGACCCUCGUCGCCAGCGGGGACCUCGCCGCCGCCCGCGUGCUGUUCGACGAAAUGCCCCACACGGCUGGCGUCCAGCCGGACAUCGUCUCCUGCAACGAGAUCCUCAAGGGCUACCUCAACACCGGCGACGAUGCUGCCUUCGACCAACUGCUUAAGGAGAUCGCCGGCCCUGAGCGGCACUUCAAGCCCAACGUCGGGACCUACAACCUCCGGAUGACCCUGCUGUGCGCAAGAGGGAGGAGCUUUGAAGCCGAAGAGCUGCUGGACGCCAUGGGGGCAAGGGGCGUCCCGCCCAACCGCGCAUGCUUCAACACGGUCAUCAAGGGGCUCUGCAACGAGGGGGAGGUGGGUGCUGCCAUGGCGCUCUUCAGAAAGAUGCCAGAGGUGCCCAGGCAGAAUGGCACAGGGGUCUCCCCCAACUUUGAGACCUACAUCAUGCUGCUUGAGGCACUCGUCAACAAGGGUGUGUUUGAUCCUGCAAUGGAGAUCUGCAAGGAGUGCCUGCGCAACAAGUGGGCGCCACCAUUCCAAGCUGUCAAAGGUCUGGUUCAGGGCUUGCUCAAGAGCAGGCAGGCCAAACGGGGAAAGGAGGUUCUGAUGGCAAUGAGGAAGGUUGUCAAGGGUGACGCCAAAGCGGAGUGGAUGAAGGUUGAGGCUCAGCUCUCAUUGCUGCUAGCUGACAAGAAAGCCUAAACACCCGGAACGAAAUUGUUUCUUUUUUUUGUUUUGGAUGAGAUUUGCAUUUUGAUCUAAUCGGAUGGGUGACUGUCAAUGGUCUAGACUUUAGUCAUGCAUACUUAAUAAUGACCCCAUAUUCAUGUUGAUUACUGUGUGUUUUUCUUUGCGCUGAGCAUGAUCCAACUGCCCUAGCAAUGCUAUGUUAUGUUUCAUGGUGUG